AUGGAACCCAUUAAAAUUUCCAAAUCUUUUCGUAGUUUUUCUCCUAAGAAGCUUACAUUGAGCUUACUAAAACCCAGAUCAAGAUCCUUAAACUCUCCUAGGACUCCGAAAUCACCAAUUAUGACACCACGAAGAAACUCGAGCAGUAUCAACUCAAGAGAGGAGGAAUUCAAGGAAGUUUUUCGACGUUUUGACGGUGAUAAUGAUGGAAAAAUUUCUGCAUAUGAACUAAGAUCUUAUUUUGGAUCCGUAGGUGAGCAUAUGUCACACGAGGAUGCUGAAAUAGUGAUCAAUAAUCUUGAUACAGAUAAGGAUAAUUUUCUUGAUUUUCAAGAUUUUAUGAAACUAAUGGAGAAAGAAAGUGAAGAGGAGGAUUUGAAAAGGGCUUUCGAAAUAUUUGAAUUGGAGAAAGGGUCGGGUCGGAUUACGCCCAGAAGUUUGCAGAGGGUUCUGAGUCGAUUAGGGGACUCGAAAUCCUAUGAUGAGUGUGUGGCCAUGAUUCGAGUUUAUGAUAUGGAUGGUAAUGGCGAGCUUGAUUAUCAUGAAUUUCAGCAAAUGAUGGUGGCUUGA